AUGGCGGCGGGGACCUUCGCCCCCUGCCCUUCCGACUCCCUGCAGGAAUUCCAGUGCCCCCCCCAAAACAGCCCCCCAGCCGGGGGGGUACCCCCGGCCACCGACCUGGUGCUGGGGGCCACGGCCGGGUGCUUGGCCUGCUUCCUCACCAACCCGCUGGAGGUGGUGAAGACGCGGCUGCAGCUGCAGGGUGAGCUGCAGACCCCGGGCACGUACCCCCGGCCCUACCGCGGGGUGCUGCGGGCGGCCGUGGCCGUGUGCCGGGCGGACGGGCUGCGCGGGCUGCAGAAGGGGCUGGCGGCCGGGCUGCUCUACCAGGGGCUCAUGAACGGCGUCCGCUUCUACUGCUAUUCCCACGCCGAGGACGCCGGCUGGACCGGGUAUCCCGGCGGGACCGUGGCCGCCGGGGCCGUGGCCGGGGCGGUGGGAGCCAUCGUGGGCAGCCCCGCGUACCUGGUCAAGACCCACCUCCAAGCCCAGACACUGUCGGCCAUGGCCGUGGGCCACCAGCACAACCAUGAGAGCAUCUCUGGCGCUUUCAAGAGCAUCUACCAGCAGCACGGGGUGGUGGGGCUGUGGCGGGGGGUGACAGGCGCCGUGCCCCGUGUGGCCGUGGGCUCGGCCGUGCAGCUCGCCACCUUCACCUCUGCCAAGGACUGGGUCUGCGAGCGCCAGUGGUUCAGGAAGGGCAGCUGGGCGGCGGUGCUGGCGGGGGGCAUGGUGAGCGGUGUGGCUGUAGCUGUGACAAUGACACCUUUUGACGUGAUCAGUACCCGUCUGUACAACCAGCCGGUGGAUGCUGAUGGCACGGGCAAGCUCUACCGAGGUUUUUUGGAUUGUAUCCUGCAAAUCUCCAGCAAAGAGGGGCUGCUGGGCUUGUAUAAGGGCAUCGGUGCUGUCUACCUCCGCCUCGGCCCCCACACCGUCCUCAGCCUCUUCUUUUGGGACAAGCUCAGGAACAUGGUUCAGCACUAG